AUGUACAUCACCACAAAACCAGGCAUCGAGAGCUGUUUGACGUCCCAGGGUGCGCCUCCAGAGAUCGCGGUGAUACUCCAAGAACUAGGAGCUGUUGUUGAAAUUUUGAAAUGUUAUGGACUGUAUACUACCUGCACUGAGCCUACUAGAGGUUUGGCCUGCCUUGACAAUGUUGCAGUUAGUCUUCAACCUGAAAAUUGCAGUACAAAUGUAAUUGAGCUACAUGGGGAUGACCACUCUGCUUUGAGGACUUCUUGCAUUAUCCCAGCUGCGAUCGAGUUAUGUGCCACACCCUCUUCUACUUGGCAUGCUGACUAUAUAUUUCGAGCAAGGCCUGUGCACGAAUCUGCACUUGAAGGCUUCAAAGAUUUAUUGGCCAGUGUGUCAUGGAAUGAUGUUUUUCUUUCUUCGGGACGUACUGGAUUGUUUGCAGCUUUCUUUGACUUUUUCCGUGACAAAUUUAAUUUUUUCUUUCCCGAAAUUGUCAAGCCUCGCCGCCCUCAUGCACUGAAGAGGAGACCUAGACAUCUGGAUGGUCACAAGGAGUGGUACACCGAUGAUCUGGCCAGACUUAGGGGAAUCCUGCUCGCCCUCAAGAACAGAUGUGAGGAUGGUGACGCCGACACCUCGGCUAGGUAUAGAAAAUUCAAACAAUUUUACAAGAGGAGGAUCGAGCUGGCUAAGAGGUUGGCAACCGAGAGACGAAUUGAGGAUGCACCCAAUCAAUGCAAGGCUGCCUGGGACGUGAUCAAUACAAACAGAUCCAUGCCACGUAAAAGUAUUGGCUUUGCAAGCCCAGAUGACUUCAAUGGGUUCUUUGUGGGUUCGGUUCAGGACAUAGUGGGAGACCUGCCUGAUGUUGCCAUUGAUCCCAUUGCUUUGUUGGAGGGAAGAGUCCAGCCGAGCCAGAAGCAUCUCUCCUUUUUCCGCCCCACCACACCAGCAGCCUUGAGGAAAAUUAUACAUUCCUUCAAGCCCUCUAAAAGCCCAGAUGUGUUUGGCAUGUCUGUGAGCAUGCUUCGUGAUGUUGUGGAUGCUGUUGCAGUUCCUCUCUGUGCAUCUGUCAACGAGUGUUUGAGGUCUGGAAAAUUUCCUGAUUUCUUGAAAACUUCAAGGACUGUCCCGGUCUUCAAGAAGGGUGAUCGUGAGUGCCUUCAUAGCUUCAGGCCCAUCUCCAUUACCCCUGUCUUUGGCAAGGUGAUCGAGGCGGUGAUCAAGCCACAGCUGGAGGCUUUCUUUGAGGAAAAUGGCCUGUUCUCUGACAUGCAAUUUGGCUUUCGAGUUGGGAGAUCAACAGUGGGUGCAGUUGACCAUGUAGCUGAGCGGAUUGACACAGCCUUUGAGGAUGGUGAGUCUCUUGCUCUUGCUCUUUGUGAUCUGAGCCGAGCCUUUGACUGCGUGGACCAUGGCAUACUCCUUAGAAAGCUGAGCUUUUAUGGUCUUAGAGACUCUGCCCUUUCCAUCUUGGGCUCUUACCUUUCUGGAAGGACUCAGCUUGUCUCCCUCAGUGGUGCGGACUCCCGGACACUUCCGGUAGCUUUUGGUGUUCCUCAGGGAUCAGUGCUGGGGCCUACACUGUUCCUUGUCAUGAUAAAUGACCUCGACGACCACGGUUCCUCUCUGAUGUUCGCGGAUGAUGCAUCUCUACUGUCAUCGGGUGCUGAGCUUGAGCGGGUCUUGGAGGCAUCUGCGGAGCAUCUUCGAUCUGCCACUUCAUGGUUCCUGAUUCCUGAUUCCAAAUCGAUUCCAGCUGAAUGA